AUGUUAACUCAACCAGCAAUAAUCGCGUCCUAUGGAUCUUGGGAGUCUCCAAUCUCGUCUGGUUUUAUUGUGAGUACAGGCAUUGGUUUCUCCGAUCUACUGGCACAUCCAACUGAUCCAAACACUUUGGUAUGGACGGAAUCAAGACCACAAGAAAGUGGCCGUUGCGCUCUUGUUUGUUGCAAGCUUUCCGAAGGGGGGAGUGAAUUCAGAGAAAUAUUACCUCCUCCUGACAGCAAAUUGGGAUUCUUCUCCUCACGCACUCGAGUUCACGAAUACGGAGGUUCUGCAUCCUUGAUCACCUCCAAGUCGGAACUCUUCUUUACCAAUUUUAAAGAUCAAUCUCUAAGGAAGAUUCCAACUCUCUCCAGUAGUGGCAGCAUUGAACAAUCUCCUCCCGAACAAGUUUCAUGUAAAGCAAAUACGAGACACGCCGAUGGAGUUUAUGAUGAGAAGCGUGCACGUCUCGUUUUCGUUCGAGAGGAUCAUUCCGUAAUUAAUUCUCACCACCAUGAACCACAAAAUUUAAUUGUUUCACUGUUGGACUCAACAACUGAUCGUGAUCAUGAAAUCAUUCUUGCUCAAGGCAUGGAUUUUUACGCCUUUCCACGUCUUUCAAAUGAUAGUUCUCGUUUGUGUUACCUUGCUUGGAAUCAUCCAAAUAUGCAAUGGAACAAUAGCAGUGUCUUUGUGGUUGAUUUGGACCAAGAUGGAAGACCCAUUGAAAAUACUCGAAAAAGAAUCACUCAUGAAGACAAUGAAAGUUGCUCACAACCAAGUUUUUCACCCGAUGGAGAAUAUGUCUAUUUCAUCAGCGAUUAUCCAACACAAUAUUGGACGUUACAAAGAUAUCACUUGAACAGUGAUGCCGUAGAGAAUUUAAUGUCUCAUACCAAUAAGGUUGAAAUUGGAGGUCCACUCUGGCAAUUUGGUGCAAGUUCGUAUGUGAUCAUUGAUCAUUCGAAUUGGGUUUGUGCCUUUGAUGGAAAGCUCUUUGUUGUGAAGAAUAAUCAAUGGCAAACUGUCACUGACACUUCCUAUACAGGUUUUAGAUCCCUUCGCUUGUCUGCAGAUCACAAAAAAGUAUUUUUCAUUGGCUUUUCUCCAUCCUUGCCUACUGCUGUUUGUUGUUUGGAUAUUGAGUCUAUGAAAGUUCGAGUAAUUAAGGAAUCUUCUAAACGUGACAUUUCACAUGACUUUUUGUCCAUUCCUGAAAGAAUUGAAUUUCCAACCACAAUGAAUAGAACUGCAUUUGCAUAUUAUUUCCCUCAAAAGAAUGGUCGAUUUGUGGGACCAGAGAAUGAGAAGCCUCCUUGUAUUGUUUUCAUUCAUGGUGGACCCACUUCAAGUGUGCUCCUUGCUCUCAAUUACAAGAUUCAAUAUUUCACAAGUCGUGGCUUUGGCGUCUUGGAUGUGGAUUACUCUGGAAGCACAGGUUAUGGCCGUGAGUAUCGAUUUAGACUUCACAAGAAUUGGGGAAUUGCAGAUGUCGAUGAUGCAUGUGCGAGUGUGGAAUACUUGGUGAAUAAGGGCCUAGCAGACGCCAAUAAGCUCUGUAUUAGUGGCGGUAGCGCAGGAGGAUACACUGUUCUCGCUUGUCUCACUAAGAGAGACAAACAAGUAUUCAAAGCAGGAGCAUCAUAUUAUGGUGUGGCAGAUUUGGAGGCUUUGGCAAAGGAGACUCACAAAUUUGAGUCGAGAUAUUUAGACAAUUUGAUUGGUAAAUAUCCAGAAGAGAAAGAUCUUUAUAUUGAAAGGUCUCCCAUUACUCAUGUGGAUCAUUUGAAGGUUCCUCUUGCAAUUUUCCAAGGCGAUGAAGAUCAAGUUGUUCCUCCAAAUCAAAGUGAAAUGAUGUACAAGGCCGUCAAGGAGAAAGGUAUCCCUGUGAGUUAUACUUUAUUCCAAGGAGAGCAACACGGAUUCAGAAAAGCAGAGAACAUUAAGACUGCCAUCGAUGGAGAGUUCUUCUUUUACAGCAAAGUGUUCUCAUUUCCACUUCCUUCAAGUCAUCCACAAACACCUCUCACGAUUGAAAAUUUAAAGAUUUAA